AUGGCCCGACAGGACGUCGGUACAGCGACAACACGAUAUAGGAGUUGUGUCGAAGAAAUUCAGUGUCUGAUUGAGUUGGCAAAAGCGGAUCCAGGCUACUUAAAUUACCCGCUUCAAUUUUCUGUGACGAACUCAGAUGGCCUGAUGGAGAUGACACCGCUUUGGCUGGCAGCGUUGGAUAAAAACCAAGAAGUUGUCGAUUUCAUGCUAUCAUUGGAGGCAGUCAGUGUAGGCGAGGGAGUAAAAUCUCUCUGUCUCUUGUCCAAGAUGGGUAUACCUCCAAGUCAUCAUGACUCCAUCCUGCAGGUUAUCAACAGGUUACCUGAAGAUAGUUGUCGCCGCACUCUUAGAGAGUAUCUCUCUUCUAAUGGUGCUUAUCCAAACAUGCCUUGGGCUUUUGCAAGCACGCAUCUUUUGGAUCAAGUACUUAUCAAAUGCGGAGAGGGCAGCGCAAACGAUAGUGUUCCUCUGCAGACACGAGAGAUGUUUCUUCCUGUCUACCUUCCCCUUGUUCACGCCAUUGCGAUUUUCCCGAUAGCAACAACCAAAAGCCAAUUUCCAUAUGCCUCGCGACUAGAGUUGUUCAAGAUCCUGCUGAAACAUGGUGCGGACACCUCACGAGUCCACGAUGAACGAGGGUCGGUCACCCGGGCAUACUCUCAAAGGCUUUCUCGCGGCUUGGAUAAACUCAUUGGCCCAUUGCCAGCUCCAAGAACCGUCGACAUUAUUUGCGAUGAAGUUUCCGGCCUAGUACAAAUAAUUCAUCUGAUCCGAGAACAGCGACCAGAGGAGCGAAUUGAUGGCUUGAGUCGGAUUAGUACCAGCUUUAGAGAGCUCAACGCCAGCAUCUCCGAUGAAACUGAAAAAGUCAAGGCCAGGCAUAAAUCAUAUGCUAGUCGUGGCACAAUUAAAAUAUUCAGUGAAGGUGGCCGUGUCCCUGAGCUUGAAACCCUGGACUAUGACCACAAGCAAACCAUGUUCAAUAUCUGCACCGCAGCCGAGCAUUGCCAGCUGCUUCUGAAGGAGCUUGGUGUUCCUAUAGAUAAAGAGAUGACGGGAUGCCACCCAAAAUAUGAGCCACGUCGAUAUUUCGAAGGAACCGAAAUUCAGGUUCACGAAUUUCUUGGACUAGAGGAUGGCAACUAA